AUGCCCACAAAGGACCGCGCAUCCAAGCGGAGACGCGUCUCUGGAGACGCCGACGGAGACAUUCAAAUGGGCGAUGAAAACGACAUCUAUUCCGCCCCCUCAUCUCCCAACAGAACCUCCCCCACACCCGUCAAAAGCGCAUCUCGACGCCAAUCCCGCGCAAACGAUGCCACCGAGCCAGUGGACCAAACCCAGAACCAGGAGCAGGAAACACCAGCGCGGGCGACACGAAUGAGUGGGCGCACACGCAAAACCCCUAAGCGAUUCGAAGACGAAGCAGUGACGCCCUCGCGGAGAAAAUCGACCACCACCCCUUCAAGAAGUGCCCGGGGCCCUCGAAGUGCGCCGAAGCCGAAACCGUCGCCCGCCGGUGAGCCAGCUGAAGAGAAAGAGGAGGUUCCCGAAGACGAGGAUGAUGAGGACCACGAACCCGAAUUCGAUGAGGACGACGAUGACGACGAUGACGAGGAUGAUAUGGAUGUGGACGAGCCAUCUCCGGAGCCUGCGCGUCGUUCCGUCACUAGAACGAAGUCUCGACGAAGCGUCGCAAAACCAAAACCGAAAUCAAGGCCCACCAGAAAGGCAGCGGAGCGGGUGAAGGAGAAGUCACCAUCGCCUGAGUACCAGGAUGAUCUGGAUGAUCUCGUUGCGAUGCAACUCCAGCAGGGUCUUCCGCAGGCUGCGCAGGAAACGCACGAGACAGCCGAAGUCGUGGAACCGCUGCCAGAGUACGCUGAAAAGCUCCAAUCACUAUGCCAGGCGGGUCUAGCAGAAGAGAUUCGCGUUCUGUCAACUACCGUUUUGGAAAAACUGUCAGGCAGACGUCAGAUUCCAAUUCGAGGUCUCCAGCCGGAGUAUCAAAAAGUCCACCAGCUCAUCGAGCAAACAGUCUCAGUUGGCGAGGGAAACUCUAUGCUCCUGCUUGGUUCCAGAGGAUGUGGCAAGACGGCAAUUGUUGAAUCCAUUAUUUCUUCAUUGCGAAAAGAGCAUGAGAACCAAUUCCACGUCGUUCGUCUAAACGGAUUCUUGCACACAGAUGACCGCCUGGCUCUGCGUGAGAUGUGGCGCCAGCUUGGCCGCGAGAUGCAUACAGAGGAUGAUGCCGCAAAGGUCAACUCUUACGCAGAUACUAUGGCUACGCUUUUGGCAUUGUUGUCUCACCCCGAGGAGCUCUUUGGAACCUCAGGGGAUGCAGGGUCAAAGACAGCUGCCAAAUCUAUUGUCAUUCUGCUAGAUGAAUUUGACCUAUUUGUCACUCACCCACGGCAAACCUUACUAUACAACCUUUUCGAUAUUGCACAGGCUCGCAAGGCCCCUAUUGCGGUCAUUGGAUUGACGACAAAAGUCGACGUGACCGAGAUGCUCGAGAAGCGCGUCAAGAGUCGUUUCAGUCAUCGGUAUACUUAUGUCCCGUUGCCCCGGUCAUUUGAGGACUUUGCAGAUAUUUGCCAAGGGAGUCUGGACCUCGGCGAUGCUGAGGUGUCGAAGAUUGCAGAUGAACUGGGGUCUGAUCGUGGGCUUGUGGAGUCCAGCAGAUGGACGACAUUGCUCGCAGGUUGGAAGGAGUACCUGGGCCACAUGUGGAAUGAUCAAGACUUCCAGUUCCACUUGAAGCAGAUUUACCAUCAAACCAAGUCUGUCAAGGAGUUCCUUACCAGUGCUUUGCUACCGAUGAGUGACUUCCUCCAAAGUGUCAUGGAAGGAGAUGCUUCCAUUCCCAAGGUCCCAACACCCAAAUCCUUCGCAUCGCAGACCCUCUCAUGUCCUGACCCCCCACUCCUCCCCUUCUCUACGACCAUCACCUCAUCCAGUCCGUCCUCAUUGCCUUUGGCCUUGCUGGUAGCUGCAACCCGGCUAGCAGCGUUAUUUGACCCAGGAAACGACCAGGCACAGAGCAUGGCCCCUCUGGCGCUCUCUUUCCCAGCCGCAUACGCCGAAUACGUUCGGCUGCUGACCUCAGCCAAGACUUCUGCCUCGGUUUCGGGAGCUGCAGCCACACCAGGUCGCGUCUGGGGCCGGGACGUUGCCCGCGAGUCUUGGGAGAAACUGCUUAGCUGGGGUCUUGUCACACCUGUUGGCAGUGGCAACGGUACUGCGGACGGUCAGAUGUUCCGCGUGGAAAUCAGUUUCGAGGAGGUUAUUGAAAUGGCUGGCUCGGGAGGUUCUCUGGGCCAAUGGUGGCGGGAGUAA